UCCAGUAAGUGUGUGAAUCAGUCAGUCGCGAUUGUUUCAUGCAAUUCCAAGCUCUGCAGUGCUAGAAAUUUGCGCAGUUUUGUUAGCGUCCUUAAAGGUCAGGAAUGAGUUUGACGUCGCCGAAUUUGAUGUGCCCGGAGACCGGCAAUCCGUACCAGAAAUACAAAGGCAUCAUCUACAUCAUGGGAUUUCAUAUCGACCAGGAGCCGCGUUCAGUGCGACAGUAUUUUGAGAGCCACGUGGGACCGUGUGAAGUUCAUAGCUGUUCGAGAUCUACUAAGACUGCCAUGCGUGGUCUGUAUGUGUCGUUGAAGUUCAAGUAUGAGGAUGAUGCUAGAAGAGCCAUGGCGGAGUACCAAAAUCAGUCUGUGAAAGGUAGUAAGCCUUUGACUAUAUUGUGGUACUGUGAUCGAGAAACACGCAUCAACUCAGGCAGCAUAUGGAGCAGCAGGCAUUCUCGUGACGAAAUUAGUAUCAAGGAACAUUCACAUACAAGACAAAGGCGUGCCAACACUAGAUAUUUAAGCCACUCUUCUAAUAGGAAGAGGGGUAUGUCAUCUUCCAGAUCACGUUCUACAUCUGUAACGAGGUCUCCUCACAUUCGUAGCUCAUAUAUGAGUUACAGUCAUACAGAUCGUGAGAAGAGUCACACACCGUCACGUUCUGGAUCACUGAUGUCUUAUAAAGAAACAAUGGAUACAUUGCCACCACACACACAGUUAGAAUCGUAUCCUGUUCAUUCCUUCAGUGAGACCCUUUCGCAUCAUUCUGAGAUUGAGACAUCAACUCACGAAAUCGUGGAGCCCGUUCAUUCUCACACUGAAAUGGAUGCCAUUGCUGCAAGUCAAGAUAUUGUGUGUACAGAUGGUUAUGGUCGUAGAGACGAUUCAGUUGAUCUUAGACUAAUGCUGUCGCAUCGCAUUUCAUCAUGCUGGAUGGAUGUGAGGCAGGAACUGGGAAUGGAGAAGACCCUUUCAUGUUUACCUCCAACGGUUGAGCAAGGAGAUGAGGUAGAAGAGCAUGCGACUGAGGAGUUUGAGCCAUUUCACAAAAAGGGACGAAUAGCAUUUAAGAUCAAGAGUAGUCUUAAGUCACCAUCUACGAGGACGCCUGUGUUUGACUAUGGAGAGAAUGCAACUACAGCAGAGAACAUCAGACAGGGAAGACAUAUCCAGGUAUCCCAUGAAAACUGUCUUACAGACCAGCAAACCAAGAAUUAUGGUGACCUUCAGCGCUGGGGAUUUGUUCCUAUUCAGUCACACGAAGCAAAGGAGUCGCCUGUUAGAGAUGUAGGUGAGGAAACAGAGCCACCUGCACUGCAUGGUACGCAGGUAGGUGAUUCAGGUGAUGCAUCUGUUGAGUGUGCGACCAACAUAGAGGAGCAGCCUAGUAUGGAUAUCAGUCCCAUAGCUAGUGCUGACGAAGCUGCUAAUACUAAUGAAGAAUUGUUAUAUACCAACAAAGAUGAUAACGCAAGGGGUGAACCCUUUCAGACUGCUUUAUUGGCAUUGUUAAAAAGGAGGACCAAACUGGAACAGGCAUUUCAUAAUGAUUGCCACCUGUUGGCACAAUCAGUAGAAAUAUUUACAAGGCAUUGUCCCGAGCAGCAGACUGUGUUGCUUUCAGUACUCAGAUCAACAUUGAACCAGCUGAGCGUGCAGGUAACCAAGAGAAUGGAGGAAUAUGCACAGGGCCUUUUGACCACAGCUGCUGUUGACAAAUCCACAACAAUGCCAUCCUAAUCUGUUGCUUCAUAA